AUGAGGAAGGGACUGGGAGAUGUCAGCAUAACGACAUCAGAUGGCGCGGAGGUUUCCUGCCACAAGUGCGUCCUUGUCGCCAGGAUGGAGUACUUCAGGAGCAUGUUUGCUAGUCACUGGAUGGAGCUCGGCAGUGAAAAUAUUUGUCCUGCCCUGGACACCACUCAGACUGAAAUUUAUUCUCCAAGGUCGGCGAGGUCUCCGACUCUGUUGUUUUCCUUCAGGACUCAUUCAGAAGAGUUUGUGGACGAGGAAGACGAUGAUGACGACCUCUACAUUCCAAAUCCACAAACCACCAUAGAUUUCAUUGACGAUCUGGACCACCAGUUGCUAGAUGCCGUCGACAGCGGUACAUUCACCACAACCGCUGCUAGCGACCACGGCUCUGAUGGCUACGUUAAUUCCAUGAAUUUCAGUCACAACCCCUUCUGUCCCUCUCUCACCUAUCAUCCUGAUCUCUCCUUAUCGACGCCAAGCAGUGCUGCAUCUUCAAAUAGGGUGGAUUUCCCUGUCAGUAACAACAUCAUCAACAAGCUCUCCGGCAAUGAAAAUAAGUUAAGAACAUUCCCGGCCUGACAUUUCUCUCUUCAAUUCGUUUGAUCGGCUUCCAUUAUUUAAAAAUUUGUUUCUUAACUUACUUUUUUAUUUUAUCCUCCAGUGCCCUAGAGCUAAAAUUUCAUAUUUAAAAUAAUAAAAUUCGCAAAGUUUCAACGUAUAUCGUAAGAACGUUUUUGAAUAUCGACGUUAACAGACACGUUUAAGAAGAUACUUUCAUCGCUUUUUCAUAUGGAGGAUUGUUGUUGUUUGGUGCAGUUUGGCAGAUGA